AUGCCCGCAAGUGGGGGAGCACCGAAGCCCAAGCCACCGAAGAAGGGUUCUCCACCAAAGGCAGAGGCGCCAAAGUAUGAGCCAAGUCACGAGCCCCAACCUUUGCCCCACCCAAUCAAUCCUUCACCCUCACCAAAACAAAUGCCAAAUGCUCCCGAGGUGCUUGCUUUGCUGCCAACUAUUGAUGGGACCCACGAGUCGGAUCCACCACAAGUUGCCUCACCGCCACCCACCCAUGUUUUCUCUCCACCACCAUCGGUUCAAUCACCACCACUUCCACCACCCAUCCACUCUCCACCACCACUCUCAUCUCCACCACCACUCAUCCAUUCUCUGCCGCCAUUGUUACAAUCACCUCCUCCACCACCACUCAUCCACUCUCGACCACAACUCGACCACUCUCCACCACCGCCAGUAAAAUCACCUCCACCACCACCACAACCCACCCAUUCGCCGCCACCACCACCAUCACCUUCAUCACCGCCACUAACACCGGCGCCGGGUAACUAUCCACCGCCACCUGUCUUCUCUCCGCCACCACCCACUUCUACAAUAUACCGCUCACAAAUCGCCGCCAUUGCCGGCCAUCCCGAGCUCCAAUGA